AUGCCCAGCAUUGCUUGCUGGAACUCAUUCUUUUUGUUCAAGUUUAAAGGGACUAGCUGUGUUCUCUUUAGAAAUCUUUUCAGUGAGAGAGAGAAAGAAAAGUAAAAGAAAAAGACCGUAGAUUCAGCUAUUCAGUGGGUUUUUGGGCUUUCUUUAGAUUUUGGCAAGAUUUCGUCUACUUAGUCUCCGCAGCUAGAAAACAAAAUACUACUACUACUUAGUCUACUUGCAACUUGCAAGCUGCUACUCCUACAUAGUUUCAAUUGGAGGGAGCAAAGAGAUUGAGGAGAUAUGAUUAGUUUAUAUGCUUUCCAAUGAUUGACUCCUCAGUCCUCCCACCAGGCGAAGUGAAACUGGUAAACUACUCUAGCUAAGAGUAAGAAGACUCUCUUCUAAGCGGGAAAAAUGAAGUCCCUAAGUAAUGGUAACACCAGCAACAAUAGUAAUACUAACUGGUUGGGUUUCUCUUUGUCCCCCCAAAUGAACAAAAUGGAUGGUGGUGCUGCUGCUGCUGCUUCUGCUGACCAUCCUUCCCAAACAGCUCUGCCUUGCUCUAAUGCAGUCUCUAGCUCAGUCGCAUUAAGCUUUUCCCAUCCUUCCUCUCAUUUUAACUACCCUGGAAUCUACCGUGGGAUUGAAGGUGACAAUGCUGCUGCGUUCUACUCGCCUGUGACUGUGAUGCCACUCAAGUCUGACGGCUCAUUGUGCAUUAUGGAGGCUAUGAACGUUUCACAACCACAAGGUAUGCUUUCAACUCCAAAACUUGAGAACUUCUUUGGUGGAACAACAAUGGGGACCCAUCACUACGAAGCUGGUGAAAGACGAAGUAUGGCUCUCAGCCUAGACAGCAUGUACUACCACCAAAGCUUGAAUCAUGCGCCCAGUAGUCAAGAUUUCUUGAACAAUCUACAAGGGAACUCCAGGCAGCAGGAGCAGCAGAGGCAACAGCAGAUUCAGGUUCAACAGUAUGCGGAGUACUCUCCCUUUAGAUGCCAUGAAUUUUACCAGGCAUCAGAACACGGAAGCAAAGAAACUCAUCUUGCUGAAACCAAUCUUCAGCUGCCUAUAAUGGCAGAUAAUGAUCUUUCUGGUAUGAAGAAUUGGGUUUCUAGGAAUUACCUUGGCGAUCAUUCACUAGAGCCUAAGAUGACUGGCGGCGGGGGUGAAAAUAGGUGUGAGUCUGGUUCCUUUGGUGCAAUGGGGUAUGGGGAUUUGCAGUCCUUGAGCUUAUCAAUGAGCCCGGGUUCACAAUCAAGUUGUAUUACUGGUUCCCAGCAAAUUUCACCCACAGGGACAGAGUGUGUGACCAUUGAAACUAAGAAAAGAGGGCCUGAAAAGGUCGAGCAGAAGCAGAUAGUUCACAGAAAGUCCAUUGAUACAUUUGGGCAGAGAACCUCACAGUUUAGAGGCGUAACAAGGCACAGAUGGACUGGUAGAUAUGAAGCACAUCUAUGGGACAACAGCUGCAAGAAAGAAGGUCAAAGCAGAAAAGGAAGGCAAGUUUAUCUAGGUGGCUAUGAUAUGGAAGAAAAAGCUGCAAGGGCUUAUGAUCUGGCAGCACUCAAGUAUUGGGGUCCUUCGACUCAUAUUAAUUUUCCGUUGGAAAAUUAUCAGCAUGAACUUGAAGAAAUGAAAAGCAUGGCAAGGCAGGAAUAUGUGGCUCACUUGAGAAGAAAGAGCAGUGGUUUCUCAAGGGGAGCUUCAAUGUACAGAGGAGUAACAAGCAGACAUCAUCAACAUGGACGAUGGCAAGCUAGGAUUGGCAGAGUGGCAGGCAACAAAGACCUUUACUUGGGGACCUUCAGCACCCAAGAGGAAGCUGCUGAGGCCUAUGACAUAGCAGCAAUCAAGUUUCGGGGUGCGAAUGCUGUAACCAACUUUGACAUAUCUAGGUACGAUGUAGAUCGGAUCAUGGCGAGCAGUAACCUUCUUGCAGGCGAACUAGCUCGUAGAAACAACAACCUGGAAUCUAGCAAUGACAUCUCUAUUGGGAACCCUUCCAAUCUCAACUGCAAUGAGGAAGUUAACACCACCUCCAAGGAGAAUAAUGAUAAUGUGUUAGACUGGAAUGUGGCUCUUCAUCAGUUUCCUCUUCAGAAACCGGGUGAUCCCGAACAUUUCAAGACUUCAUCUUUUCCAGUGUCUGUGAAUGAUUUGAUGGGGAUGGAAACGCUUAGCACUACCGCUCAUCAAGAGGCGGCAGGAUCAGGCAAGAUGAUGACUCAUUUCUCAGAACCCUCUUCAUUGGUGACGAGUUUGAGCUGCUCCAGAGAAGGCAGCCCUGAUAAAAGCAACAGUCUACCAAUGCAAUUUACAGUUCCUCCAGCAGCAUCCAAGUUGUUUGCUAGCCCAUCACCCCACACGGCCAACCCUUGGAUCUCUUCAACUCAGAUGAGGCCUCAUGUCUCUGUUUUUGCUUCGUGGACAGAUGCAUCAUGAUACAAUCAGUGUCUAAUUAAAACGGACCCUGCAGGUUUUGACUUUUGCAUGAGCAACAGGCAAGGGAAAUCAUGUGGUUUUUCCCUGUAGUUACUGGCUCUAGCGGGGCCCUGUAAACUCUGUCGAGAAGAAAUUCAACAUUUCCCAACUUGGGCACUAAAUUUAUGUAUCAAAA